GACCCUGGCAGUAUAAUCUUACAUGUACGUACGUAGUAUUAAUUGUAGACAGAGUCACAGUAUAGUAUUUACUAUAGGGCAAUCCUUACUCCCUCUAUGCUCCCAGCUGCAGUAUGGAUUUUUCUCACCUUCUGGCUGAGCUAAGAAAACGAUUCUAUGUGACAAAUUUCAAAGCUGGGCCGGGGAAUGACGAAAGAAAGAGAACCAAAGAUCCAUUUUGGGUGGAUACUUUUCAUCAAUUGUAUGUGGAGAAUAUCUCUACUGACAGAGAUGAUCUUCUGUUCAUUGUAAAGUGGGAUGACAGAGAGAGCCGUGAGCUAGUGGAGGUCUUCAGAAGAGAUGCAACUUCACUGCCCAGUCCCCGUGAUGAGGCUGUACUAUGGGAGCAAACACUGUAUUUGAACUUUAUCUUACAUGAGUUCGAAUAUCAUGUGACAUGUGGAGUAGUCACAGUCCAUGAUGGAGUUGUUGACAGUGUAAUAAGGAAAACAGAACAGCAAGUGUAUCCAUCUCCAAGUCAAAGAAGAAUGGACAAGAAGGAUUCUACUUCUGAUGUGGUCUAUCCUAAUGUUAUGUUUUGUGUUGAUAACUUUGAAGACGUCUUCAGUCACAUGUAUUCUAAAAAAGCCGGCGAGAAAAUAGCUGUUCAGUUAAUCGCUGCUAAUAAGGCUGCAUCUAUGCAGCAGCUGGUUUUCCUCGGAGCCAUUGAUCACUCUGCUCUAAAAGAAGCCUAUGAAUCCAGAGAUCAAGUUCAAUCAACUAAUAUCGCUUCCAAGUUAAGAAGACUCACUUUCAAGUCUCGAAACAGUCGUGUUUUUGAUUUAUCUACACCCUAUCACUUUGUUCGUAUGAGAGGUCCUCAUUUGAAAGGAUUUGCUGAGGUUGCAGUUUGGAAAAAAGACGUCUCACUCUCAAAACUAAAGCCGUGCACACCAAUAGUUGUCGAUACUUCUACAUCAGCUCACUUCUUUGGUACCGGUGUAGCAUCUGCCUGGAGUAGCCCCUCUUCCAACAGUGACAAUUCAGAAGUCCAUGUUGAAAGCAGCAGUGUGCCUGAACAGGAUGAUGGCAACGCUCACAAAGAAACACAAGGUGGUUUUUCAAAGCUAAAAUUGUUCUGGCCCAAGAAACCCAAGCAGUCUGAGAAAGUCAACACUGAUCCUAUUUCUACCAGGAUGUAUGCCUACCUCACUUAUGUACAACUCCCAUGGUACACACUACUUGAUGAUAUCCUUCACUGCACAAAAGAUAUGGCUUUAUGAAGCAGUUAUUAACAUUUUUAACUUGGUGGACAAUGAACACUAUCCCUCUGUCUCCUGUCAGUUUUUUCUGGUUAUAUGUAUUAAUCACCCGACGUCUGCCAGUAUUGUCGGGGGUUAAGUGCGUGAGUGCAGAAAUUUGCCUUCUGCAUGGUCACUA